AAGAAGAACGCUUUGUUGUAUACGCCUACGAUUGAUUAGAAAAGUGGGUAAGCAAAAAAAAAAUAAAAUAAAAUGCUAUCCCAAUACAUGGAAGAGUUCGAACAGGACCCCUUUGAAGUGGGCGAGUUCAUUGAACGGCUAACCUGGCGUACAAACAAUGAGUUGCAAAGCAGCGAUGAAUUCAGCCCUCUUGCGCUGCAUGAUACAUUUAUACAGACCAUUAAAGAUUUGAAAAUACUACAGGAGAAACAUCAAAGCAAAUGCGAACGGCUUGAAGAGUCGCUUCGACAAGAGAAGGAGGCGCAUGCCAAAAGGGUAGCGAAGCUGCAGGAACGUCAUCAGAUAGCCAUCGACUGUUUCGGGGAGCUGGACGAGAAGAUUAACUCGGUGGCUGGAAAAAUAAAGCAUUUGGGCCAGCAGCUGGAAAAUGUUAAUACGCCACGUAGUCGUUCCGUUGAAGCACAAAAGCUGCUUAGCUACAUGUCUGAGUUUCUUAUAUCCGGCCCCAUUGUAAACGAUAUAUUUACUGAUGCAGCUCGCCUGAACGAAGCGGCUGAUGUAAUACAAAAACUGUAUACGAUUUCACAGGAUUUGCCACCGGGAAAUUUCGCAGAGUCAAAGCGCAAAAUUGAGAAAAAAUAUGAUGAGGUGGAAAGGCGACUAAUCGAAGAAUUUGCCACUGCCCAAAAGAGUGAAGAUAUUGAGCGAAUGAAAGCUCUGGCGCAAAUACUAUCUCAGUUCAAGGGCUAUGCACAGUGUGUGGAUGCCUACAUUGAGCAGAGUCAGAUGACGCCGUAUAGUGGCAAGGAUAUUUUCAUAGGCAUAGUACCAUUGUGCAAGCAUCAUUAUGAAAUUAUCAAAAAGGUGUUUGCCAAUCCGCAGCAGGUAAUGUCAAAGUUCAUAUUGAAUAUCUAUCAGUUGAAGCUCCAUCAGUACGCCAUGACCAAGCUAGAAGACAAAAAGAAUGAGGAGAAAUACUUGCGCACGCUUUAUGAGCUUUACUCACGCACCCUAAAGCUCUCUACAGAUCUGCAAAUCUACAUGUCUACCAUUGAUGAUGAUCUGCUGCAAAAACUUACACAACAGAUUUUCAUGAAACAUCUUGCCGGGUAUGCAGAAAUGGAAACCAAAUGUCUGACAACUAAAUGUUCAACGGAGCUGGAGAAAUUCUAUGCCAGCAAGAAGCAUCAAAAGACUCAAAAAACAACUACUUUUCGACGCAACAUGGAGGUGUUAAUUGCCACACGUGCCAAUAUUAACAUAGCAGCCAUUGAGGAUUAUGGCGGCGAAACAUUUCUUUCGGAGGAACUAGCCAUAAAUAUGUUGCAAGAGGCGAAGGCCUCGUUUAAGCGUUGCAGGCUAUUAUCAACAGAGGCUGAGCUUCCAAGCAAUGCCAUUAAGCUAAACGACAUUUUACUACGUUUCCUAAUGCAUGAGCAUGUAGAUUAUGCACUCGAAUUAGGACUGCAGGCAGUACCAUUGGCUGAGGGCAAAAUCUUUCCACAGUUGUAUUUCUUCGAUGUGGUACAAAAAACAAAUAUUAUUGUUCAUUUGCUGGAUAAGCUGUGCAAUACAUCGAUUAUACCAUGUGUGAGCAACACGGCCAAAUAUUCCGAUUAUGUUUUCAAAAAGCGUAUUCUUAUGGAACAAAUUGAGACGAAGCUGGAUCAGGGGUUGGAUCGUUCCAUAAGCGCUGUAAUUGGUUGGGUCAAAGUUUACUUGCAGUACGAACAAAAAAAGACAGACUAUAAACCCGAGACUGACGUGGAUACUAUUUCAUCAGCGGCUUGUUUGCAAGUUGUGCAAAAUCUGCAGCCCGUUAUUGUGCAGAUCAAAAAAUGUGUGGAUGGUGAGAAUCUACAAAAUGUCCUCACUGAAUUUGGCACACGUUUGCAUCGCGUUAUCUACGAUCAUUUGCAAACAAUGCAGUUUAACACAGCAGGUGCCAUGUGCGCCAUUUGUGAUGUUAACGAAUAUCGUAAAUGUAUACGUGAUCUAGAUAGUCCACUCGUGACACAAUUGUUUGAUAUUCUACAUGCCUUGUGUAAUUUGCUACUCGUAAAGCCCCAAAAUCUUCAAGAGGUUUGCACAGGUGACACAUUGAAUUAUCUGGACAAGUCAGUGGUGCGACAAUUCAUACAAUUGCGCACUGAUUUUCGCUUCAUCAAGAAUACGAAUUAUCUGAAGGGUAUUAUCGAGUAAAAUGAAUUGCGAUUGUCGUCAAUGCAAUUGUACAAUCAAUUUUGUCACAUUCCCAUGUCAGAAUGAGUUUUACUUACCGUGUUUGGAUUAAA